UGAUCUGUUUGUUGGAGAUCUCCACACAGGCGAACAUUGGGCACUUUACACCUUGUUCUGUGGAUUGUUUACGCUGUUUUAGCAACGUAUUUGUACUAUUUCUCCGGAAUGGACGAAACUAGCCCCCUGGUUUCCCCUCUCCGGGAUUCCUCCGACCUUAGCUACUGCGCUACCGAGCCCACAAGUCCGCGGGGCGGUUUUGAAGGGACGCCGGGCACAGUGGUCCGGGUCCCGGCUGGCAGCCCCGGACGCAGCCGAGAGCGACAGCCGCUGCUUGACCGGGACCGAGGAAACUCUCCGCGCGACCACGACAGGAACGACUUCCCCGAAGAUCCAGAGUUCAGGGAGAUCAUCCGAAAAGCAGAGCGAGCCAUUGAGGAGGAGAUUUUCCCUGAAAGAAUUUACCAAGGUUCCAGUGGCAGCUAUUUCGUCAAAGAUUCGCAGAUGAAGGUCAUCGGGGUGUUCAAGCCCAAGAACGAGGAGCCGUACGGUCAGCUCAACCCCAAGUGGACCAAGUGGCUGCAGAAGCUGUGCUGCCCCUGCUGCUUCGGGCGGGACUGCCUGGUGCUGAACCAGGGCUACCUGUCCGAGGCCGGGGCCAGCCUGGUGGACCAGAAGCUGGAGCUCAACAUCGUCCCCAGAACCAAGGUUGUCUAUCUGUCCAGUGAAACGUUUAACUACAGCGCCAUCGACCGGGUGAAGUCUAGGGGCAAGAGGCUGGCCCUGGAGAAGGUGCCCAAAGUGGGCCAGUGUUUCCACCGGAUAGGGCUUCCGCCCAAAGUGGGGUCGUUCCAGCUGUUUGUGGAAGGGUACAAGGACGCGGACUUCUGGCUGCGCAGAUUUGAGGCGGAGCCCCUGCCCGAAAACACCAACAGGCAGCUGCAGCUGCAGUUCGAAAGACUCGUGGUGCUGGAUUACAUCAUCAGAAACACAGAUCGAGGGAAUGACAACUGGUUGUUAAAAUACGACCUUCCAAUGGAUGCUGGGGAGGCCAGGGACACAGACUGGGUGAUGGUGAAGGAGCCCAUUAUCAAGCUAGCGGCCAUAGAUAACGGUUUAGCUUUCCCCCUGAAGCACCCGGACUCCUGGAGAGCUUAUCCGUUCUAUUGGGCCUGGCUGGCUCAGGCCAAAGUGCCCUUCUCUCAGGAAAUCAAGGACCUCGUCUUGCCCAAAUUCUCGGACCCCAACUUCAUCAAGGACCUGGAGGAAGACCUCUACGAGCUGUUCAAGAAAGAUCCUGGUUUUGACAGGGGCCAGUUCCACAGACAGAUCUCUGUGAUGAGAGGGCAGAUCCUGAACCUGAGCCAGGCGCUGAAGGAGGGGAAUUCUCCGCUGCAGCUGGUGCAGAUGCCGCCGGUGACCGUGGAGUCGGCGAGGGCCCCCCAGCGCGCCAACAGCGAGUCGUACACGCAGAGCUUCCAGAGCCGACGCCCCUUCUUCUCCUGGUGGUAGAGCCGCGCGGCGCGGCGAGGGGUCGGGUGCGAGCGUACCGCAGACUGGAACGUACUCAAACGGGGAGUUUUCGGGCGCCGGGAUGGUGAAAACGUGCGGCGGCGUUGGAUGAAGAGAGGGUGGCGGCGUGGAGCGCAGGGCCAACCCUCCCUCGAUUUUUUUUUUGGUGCCUUCUGCUUUCUGAAGGGCUAGGGGGCGGGGAGAGUACCCAAGUACGGCUUCUGAUUGGCUGCCCAUCUCACACUCCCAGUCACUGCCCCUCCCCCUUUCCCCACAAUACACACACUUCUUGUCAUUUUUCCCUGUGAUUGACAGGGCCUGUUUACAUUCCUGGUGGCGUCCCCCCCCCCCCCUCCCCGUUACCAUGCAAACGAAUGUUUAUGGAAUGGACCGUACCAAUGUAGCCGGGAAUGGGCAGGGGGGUCUGUCUCCCCCCCCACAUACUUCCUGUGAGGAGAAGUGAAGAUUGGGACCAGCGAUUUGGGGAGCUCCAAACCUCUCAUUUGAGAGCCUUCAUCAUUUGACAGGACAGGACCUGAAAG